GAUGUCAUCUGUCAUAUAAUAAAGAGGAGUAAAUAAUGUUGACAUUGUUAUUUAAUGUGUACAUUAAAUAAAGUAAAUAAACUGAAUUUUAAAUGCGAUAACUAGUAAAAAGUAUUUGAACUGUGUAAAUAAUACAACUUCCUACAUGGUUAGUAUAGUGAGAGAAAUAGCAGAAUUCAUUUAUUUAAAAAUGGGAUGCUGUUAUAGUUUUUUCUGUAGGGAUGAGUCGUCCUCUCAAUCAGGCGAACCCAACGAAAGGACCCAUCUGCUAGUAGAUCCAGUAUCAAACACAAAUAUUCAUAACAUAAGAGCAAAUAAUGAAGAUAUCUUAAGCAGAAAUUCAAAUAAUUUACCUAAAAAGACUGAUGAGCAAUCUGCCCUGAAUAGGAUACUACAAGAAACGGCUACAAAUGUAAUCGAUGUAGCUGCUCUAGAUUCACAUAAUUUGCAGCAGCAUGAGUAUUUAGAACGAAUGAAGAUUUACAAUGUUAAAGUGCAGCAAGUGCUUGCAGCCAAUAAACAACAAUAUAGUAAAAAAUGCAAUUGUAUUUUACAAGAUAUACCUAAUCCGGAUAAGGUGCUAAAUUCAGAAGCAAUCAGUACCGAUGAUUUAACGAUGAUAACAUCCGUAGUAAGCGCUGCAGCCAAUACCAUAAACAAUAUGAAAGUUGACCAUAAAGAAGACCUGGUUGUACCAUUCGGUUUAAAUUGUUGAAAAUAUCCACCAUAUUUAUAUUUAGUGGCAUUUUACAUAUUUUUAUAAUGAGAUUAUGUUAUAUUCAAAGUUUUAUCUAAAAAAAUUCAAAUAUUAUUGUACAGUGUGGCUCUACUACAGUUUUCUAUGUAUAAGUUGAACAAUUCGAUUUUGUAUAAGUGAUAAAUGGCUAUUUUCGUAAUUCGUAUUAUUUCGUUAUUGUAUUUAUUUUAAUCAAAUUUUUCCUACAAAUUCAACUAUUUUUAAUGAUAAAAAUGAUGAAAGAAAUUUUUUUUACAAUAGAAAAAUAAUUUUCCAAUGUGUCCAACUAUCGUAGUAAUUUAUUGUUGAUGAUCACAAGAUAUUCCUAUUGCGAAGUAUAAAAAAUAAUACUUAUAGUGAUAUGGCAACAUUGAAUAUAAUCUAAUUUUUGUCGAAAAAUUUACAUUUUGAAAAAAAAAUCAUAAUAAAAUUAUUUGUAUUUAAAAUAUUUGAAUAAUGAUUCCACUGUAGUUGAAAUUAUAAAUUUUUCUUGUUAAACAAAAAGAUGAUUUUUUUUAUUUAGCAGUGUAAUUUUGAUGAUUUUAUUUAAAAAAAAUCUGUCGACCUAAUUCUCUAACCAAAACUGAAUCUAGUAUCAGUUGUGCAGUCACUACAAACCACGAACUCAUAAAAAUCUUUCCGGUUACCUUCAUAGUGUGAACUAUGUAUCCUUCAUAAAUCAGGAAACAAAUAGCUGCCGACAAACUACAGAUCAAUAUCUCUAAUAUCAAAUUUGGCAAAAAUUUUUGAAAAAAUACAAAAAUUGUUAAGCAAAAAUAAUAUUUUAUCCAAGAAACGGUUUGGUUUUGUUAAAAAUAAAA